UAUCAAGUCAUUACUCAAGCCUUUAAAAAGAAUUUUAACUGAAUGAAUGAAGAUUCUAUUCUAAUUUCCAUUAUGAUGUCAUCAUACGACGUGUGACUAUUGUGCCCAUGCAGGUCUACGUUCUUUUUUAAUCACUUGAAACAUCAAAAUAAAUUAAGCUGACUGUUUUUCGAGAGCUGAUAUUACAAUGGAUGGAAAAUUAAGGAGAGGAUUCAAUACUAUGAACAGUGUGGGAAUCCAAGCCUACGGGAGCAGAUGCGAUUUUCAUGGCAGCGGUGACCUGCCCAACAUUCGCCGUCCUUUGAUCCACCAGAAUCAGGCUGAACACCUGCCCACCUUUCAACCUGUGUGCCAGAGCAUUGGUCAGGGAAGCAUGAAAGAGGAAACCUGCUCUUCUCCACUCAGACUUCCACCCAUCUUGAGGAAACCGUUAAGCAUCACUGGACUCUAUAUUCCAAGGGACAACAGGGUGUACCCAAAAAGGCAUCAUAAACAGCAAAGCCAACAGGCUUAUAGAAAGAUGACUUUCAGUUAUCAGAAUGAACAUAUCCCUGCAGUCAUUAGGGGACAUCAACACUUCGGCUUUGGAGGAUCUGUGUUGCCUGAGUCUGUUAUCAUUGAGCAAUAUUAUGACCUCACCCUAACCAAGAAGAGUAAUGUCCGACUGAAUGACCAGCUGGUUCCCAAACCAACGGACAUUGACAUGAGUAAGAAGAUGAUUAAAGUUGAUAUUCCGAGGGAACAUCCUUACAGCUCCCACAUCCCCCGGUAUCCCGCUAUAUUUCCAUCAUACCGAUCCCCACCAGUCCAGCCUUCCAGCGCUUCUGCUCCUGUAGUUGUGUGGCGGCAUCAUCAAAGGAGCAAAUAAACAUAAAAUAAAAGCUGAAUAACAAAAAAAAUGUUAUGUAUUAAAACAUUUUGUGGACAAAAUGCAUUUUGUAAUCCAGACAACCC